CUGCACCUUACGAUGUUCGGCCAGCUGGUCUCCUUCAGUGUACGUCUAGAAACUUUGACUAGUUGUGUUGCACGUUGGUUAAAUUAAAUCUUCCGCACUUGAUCCCGAACCAAGAAAAAAGAGGGAAAAACAACAAAAGAGAUUCGGUACUUUCAGAGUUUUCCCCAUUCGUUUUGGAACAGCAGAGCAUAUGGGGCCAUAAAAAGGUGAAAGGGAGAAUGGAAGGUGGGGCGAAAGGAAGCUGACCUUGAACAGUUUCAAAAGUGUGGAAUAACUGAACAAGAGAAGCAACAUGUAAUCGCCGUGUUAAGGCUUCUAUAUUCUUAGUUCCUUAUACAAGAGAUUGGUUUUCAAACAGGGAGGUUUAUGAUAAAGAUCUCCAGAACCAAAUAGUACAGAAUGAUUCAGUUGUUGUCCACGGUUGUAGUUGCCGAGGCCAUCGUGGCCGUGCUAAUAUCAAUUGAUGUGGCCCCAAUCCGCAAGGUGGUGAGGAGGAUUGAUUAUAGAGCGAGCAGCAGGAUGUCUGCUGUAAUAGGGACUCUUGCAGGUACAAUGUUUGUGAUUUUGGGGUCUAGUAUUAAUAGCAUUGCGAAAAUACAAGGUCAGAGCAGGGAGCUUGGUGCAAUUACUCCCACGGAUCAAAUUCUCUCGAAAACCCACAUGCUUGAGGCUUCUUUAAUGGGAUAUGCUCUUUUACUUGGUUUUUUAAUUGACCGCCUGCACUACUUCGUUCGAAGGGUAGAUGCACUUAAAAAGGAAGUUAAAAAUACUCGGACACCUCUCAACGAAGAGAAACAAAAAAGCAGUUCAAAUACAACGAAAGUGUUGAAAGAUGAAAUUGCUGAGCUGAAGCACAAGUUACAAACGCUGAGUUUAGAUUCCGAGUCAAUAGAAAAGCAGGCAAAGUCAGCAGAAGCAAAUGCCAAGGCUCUUGAGGAACAAGCUCAGGGUUUCCUCCUCAAGUAUGAUCGUCUGGAAGAGGACAAUCAAAAACUUCAAAGUGAGAUAUCAGCAUUGAAGAAAACAUCUCCCAAUGUACAUAGCAAAAAAGAUGCAUAAAUAAUCUUAUCAGUGCGCAAAAGUGAAACUUUAUUAUUCAACUCUUAUCAUAGAGAAUUAUCUUUGAUUAUAGUGAUACUUAAAGAGUUUUUUGGAAUAACUGAAAGAAUGAGAUCUGUUGAGGUCUUACCUUAGAGAACUAAUUUCUAACAAGCUAAAACAUUGUAGUAUGUUAGUAAGAUAGAUUUUGGGAUUAUGUGUGAUUGAAUUCAAGGUCAAAAUGUCUCGGGUUAAUUUCUUGAUCCAUCAUCAA